AACACAAGGCGUUAACCGAAGGUAAAGAUUUAACUCCAAAAGUAAAAAACCAAAAACAACAAAAGAAAGGAAAAAAAAAGUUUAGUGUACGGUAAGCUCUUUCUCUUCUUCUUCACCCCUUUCGCAGAGAGAAAAUCAGAGUUUGUGUCAAAGAAGGAAAUCCAAUCUGUGCCGUACUGUCCAUCCUCCAGGCUUGACAUUGAUUGAAUCGCAGUGGGAGACAGAGAUACUGUUAGCUCAUAAACAACCCAUAAAGCCAUUAGAAUGAUUCAUGCCACAGAAGAAGAAAAGCGCUUUACUUGUUGAUGCGGCUGCGAGUGAGGCUUCGCAUUUGAUAACAAUAAGAACCCAACAGCAAGAAGAAGCGCAAGAGGAAGAGGACGAAGAAGGGCUGUUGUUAAUUGGUGUUAAUUGUUGAUAAUUGUUGCUUAAUCGUGGGAUUAGAGGAUGGGAUUGGUGGGUAUGAAAUCGGAUUAGGAGGAGAGAGAGAGAGAGAGAGAUGAAGGGAGGGGGUGGGGGGGGUGUUUAUUCGGGGAAGCGAAGAUGGAGAGGCCUGGUGAUUGCAGUUUUGGGUCUGGUUUUUCUUUCCAUGCUCGUUCCUCUUCUCUUCCUUCUCGGUCCUCACAAUGGCUUUCACUCUCCCGGUUCAGAACAACAAAGUUCGCCUUCAAUUGGUCUGGGAGGAUAUAGUACAAAAAUCAUCAUUAGAGAUGCUUCUAAACUUUCAGAGGGGGAUCGUUGCAUAUUGCUCUCGUGGGUUAAGCCGUCUUUGGACAACGCGUCGAACAUCUUGACUGCAUUGUUGGUAAGGCCAUCGGUGCGCAUCUUGUGGAAGACUUCUUGCAGGUCUUUUGGGUCUUCUGGGUCCUCGAUGGCGGGCUUCUUGUUGAAAGGGUCGUACGGGGGAGGGAGCUUCGACUUGUCGAUCUCUUUGGUGGCGGUUUUCGUCGUCGUUUCGUCAUCGUCUUCGUCGUCUGAAGGGAGAGAGAAGUUAACCUUGGUAUUGACUUUGGUGCUGGGUUCGGAGGAGCUGAAGAACCUAACACUAUUGAAGGUACGAAAAGGAGAUAGCGAUAAUGGGAGAAGCAACCUCCUGUGGUGGUUUUCUGUGAGUGAAGAAGAAGAAGAAGCAAAAGAGAUGGUUUUGUUGGAGUGGUUGGCUGCAGCUAUGGCUAUGAGACGCUUACUGAGAACAAAGGGGAAAGGAUUGGACUUGUAGUUAGAGGCGGUAAGAAGAAGGAAGGCCCGAGAUACUAACGUCCCUGCCAUUGUUCUCUCUUCUUCGAGGUAUCAGUUUGCGUCUUCCAGGAGUCUGGGCUUUGAGUUUCUAGCUUCUACUUCCAGUUUCCUAAGGUUCCAGUUGAGGUUUAGUGGGUCAUGUGGGCCCAUUUAUGAUCCUAAUAUACUUCAAGGGUAUAGCCGCGCGGCUAUACUACGUUUUUUUUAAUGUAAAAAGGGUCAUUAUAUAAUAGGCCCUUGCAACUCUAAUAGUCUAUACAAAAAUUCAUCUACAUAUUUACUUCCAA